UUUAGGUUAUGAAAAAAUGUCGCGACAACAACAAUGUGUCUCAUCCCAUCAGCAUCUUUACAAAAAGAAAAGUGUAGACUGGAAAAUUAAAUUGCGAGAGAACUUUAUUCGACGAUUGCGAGAUGAACGACAAAAAGUUCUUAGCCGUACACGUAAUGAAUUUGGAUAUUGGCAGACUGAUUUGCCUGUUGAAAGCAUAAUACAGAAUGAUAUUAAUGCUUUAAGGUUAUCGGAGCAUAUCACAGAUAAUGAACUGAAUGAAGCUAUUCAAGAAUUUGAACGAUUUCGAGAUGAAAUUAUUCAACAGGAAAUAGAAAGUAUGAUUACUUAUGAGCAAGAACGAUUGGAAGAUUUGGCAAGUGGAUACAAUUCGGUUUUAUGUCCAAGAUGCCAGCUUGCCAAUCUGAAUUUUCCUGAUGAAUAUUCGCUGAAAUGUGAGCAUUGUAAACUACAGUUGCGCUUGACACAACCUUUACCAUCUCCCCUCGAAUUAAUGGCUCAUUUUACAAAGAUUUUCACCUCCCAUGCUGAUCGAGAGUGCUCGGAAACUCCUAAUUUAGUACUGCAAAAUAACAAUAAGUUAUUUCUUCAUUGUAGUCGGUGUGCAUUCGAUUUUGAAGUAUUUUAACUCCCGGUGUUUUUUCUGUCCAAAAGUCUCAUGUAGUUAUAUGAUUUUUGUAUCCAAAGGUUUUUUUGAAAACAGAAAAACUCAGUCGAAAUUUUUGGCUCUUUCUAUCCGAGCCUGUCCGUCUAUUUUCGCUUAUCAUUUUUUGCCUUUUGUUGUCCCAUUAAUUUUUGCCAUUGUUGUUGCUGCUGCUGCUGUAUUUCUUUGCACAAAUGCACUAAUUGA